AUGAAGUACAACAUCACAUUAGGCAGCGCGCAUGGAUUCAAAUUCCCGAACGGAACGUAUGACGGACUGUUCGGCAUGUUACAAAGAGAGGAGGUGGACACUCUGUUCUUCCCGUACCCUCUGAACGAACUGGUCAUGGCCGACUUCCACGCCGUUCCCGUGUUCCGCUACGACCCGGUCUGCAUCCUGAGCGGAGUGCGCCGCCUUUACGUGGACGACGACUUCGCCAUCGCCACCACUUUCGAUUCAUCCGUGUGGCUGGCCAUUUUUGUUUCGUGGAUAGUGACCACCGCUGUGACGGUGUUGCUGUAUCACUUCGAGCCUUCGCUGGCUAGCAGCAGAUCGCGGAAGACGUUCACGCGCCAGCUGUUCUCUUACCUCCAGGUUCUUCUCAUGGAAGGCACGAGCAUGGACCUCCGUCGUGCCAGCGUCCGGUCGGCGUUCCUUGGCUGGUCGCUGGGCAGCAUCCUGCUGGCGAACCUCAUCAAUGGCACCGUCAAGGGCAGCCUCGUAGUGCAGACGCCCGCGGCUCGCAUCGACAGCGUGGCCGACGUAAUGCGCCUCCGUCCACCACCGACGCCGUACACUCUCAAGACAGGAUUCCUCGAGAAGGCACUCCAGGAGUCCCCGCGUGCCGAGUUCCGCGCCAUGCACGCACUGAUGGUGAGCAAGGGCAGCUUCCUGGUCAACUACAUGGACAUGGUGUCGCCGCGCGCCUUCGACGCCCUAAUGGCCGGCACUGGCGUUCAGAUCAGCACCGAGGUGGCCAUUGUCGAGCACUACCGCGCUGCCUGCUCCAGCUCCGGCCGGCGGUUCCACAUUGCCCGCGAACCGAUCCUCGAGAUGAUGCUCACCUGGUACUCGAGCCGAUCGCUUCCGACGUGCUUUCUCCGCCAGAUGGAACUCAGAACCAUGUGGCUGACCGAGUCUGGCCUGCCGUUCUACCGGCGCGAGCGCUUCCUAUCUAAGAUUAGGAGCUGUGUCUUGAGCCCAUGCUCUGGUGGCGCCAUCUCGUGCGGUCAACGUGACAAGCGUCGCUCUCGGGGACUCCCUGAGCCCACUACCCAAGAUAUUCUAGUACACUAUAGCGAGGUGCAGGAGCAUGAGGCAUUGUCGGUGCGUGACGUCAAGGCGGCCUUCUACAUGCCCCUGGCGCUGGUGGCGGCAGCGAUGGUCGCCUUCGCGGCCGAGCUGCUCGUGGCUGCUCGUUGUCGAGAAGUCCUGGCGUCUUCACAAAAAGUGCCCGGUUCUGCGACUCGGCGCGGACGAAAGGAGGCCUGGAAUCAUAGAAACCGUGCCACUGCACCAUCAGUCACCGGCAACGCGUCUCGCGUCGUUGUGCAUCUUGAAAAUAUUAUCUGA